AUGAGCGAGAUCUCGGGAGCGGCGGUUUCCGGGGCGAUGAUCGUGGAGGAGCCCGAGGCGGGGGGCGGCGCCGGGGGCCGGGAGCAGGCCCAGCAGCAGGGGCCCCUGCGUUGCGGUAGCUGCACGCUGUGGCCCCGCCAGCAGACCUGGCUGUGCGUGGUGCCCCUCCUCAUCGGCUUCAUUGGCCUGGGUCUCAGCCUGAUGCUGCUCAAGUGGAUCGUGGUGGGCUCCGUGCCGGACUACCUGCCCACGGACCUGGUGGACGCCAAGGGCAUCGGGCAGGACCCCAUAUUCCUCUCCAAACCCAGCGCCGUGCCCAAACUCCCCGACACGUCCACCCCCACCACCUCCGCCCCCACGUCCACCAGCGCCCCCCCUGCGGUGUCGGCCGGGCCCCCCGGGGGCAGCAGCACCACCUCCAAGCCCAGGACUCGCCCGGGGACGCGGGCCGGGGGCCCCGGGGCGUCCGGGAGUCAGGUGACCCCUCGCGGCACCACCACCCGCCACGCCGGCCCCUCCCGCGGUCCGCCCCCCACCGCCCCCGCCAGCUCCACCAGCACCGCGGCCCUGCCCACCUCCACCCCCCCGCCGGCCGGCCCCACGGUGCUGCACGACUCCACGCAAACAUGGACGCACCCCCACACCUCCCACAAGCCCCCGGCCCUGCCCACGCGCUCCCACGUCCAGGUGAAGCCAGCGAUGGCUACAUCCCCGCCACUACGCUCUGAGCACUUCAAGCCGUGCAGGGACAAAGACCUGGCCUACUGCCUGAACGGGGGCGAGUGUUUCGUCAUCGAGACGCUGACGGGGUCCCACAAGAACUGCAGGUGUAAGGAGGGGUACCAGGGGGUGCGAUGUGACCAGUUUCUUCCCAAGACUGACUCCAUCCUUUCUGAUCCAACAGAUCACCUGGGCAUUGAAUUCAUGGAGAGUGAAGAGAUAUACAAGAGACAAGUGCUGUCAGUCUCCUGCAUCGCCAUAGGAAUCAGUCUUCUCGGCACUAUCUGCAUGGCUCUCUAUUACCGGAACAAGCGACGCCGGGAGAAGCUGCAGGCCCAUCUGAAAAGCUACAGCGUGAGCUCCUCUGGCUUCGUGUCCAAGCCCGGCCUGAGGCCGCAGGGAAACCUCCAGCUCCAGAAAUACUGUAAAGGCAAAGGGACCUCCCCUCCACAUGGUGGCGCUGUCCAGGAGUCUGGCUUCGUCCAACAAAGUGUUGCACCAGCUGCCCACUCCAGGGCCCUGCCCACUGGGAAGCACCACAGGAGUGGGUCCCUCUCUUACAGUCCAGACCAGAGAAGCAGAGCUGGCCACCGAACAGGCCCUCGGAGAACCCCGCCCAUUUCCAGAGGACGGCUGAAUCAUAUUGGAGGGUCUAGGGAUUCUGGCCCCGCCUACCAGCACCUGCAAGAGGUGGAGUCUUCAGAGAGGGAGGUGGAGUCUUUGAGAGGGCACCGCUCUGAAGGGCUGAUCUGCGACCCCCGGCAGGACUCCUACUUAAAUAUGCAAGGCCCCCAGUGUGGCGGGCGAGCCGCGGUGCCCUGCAGCCGUCUGGACCGGGCCACGGUCUGCUCCGCCUCCCCCCCACCCUACCGCUCCUGCUCCGUUCCCAUCAUCCCCUCCGUCCAGGGACACUACGACGACACUUCCUGUAUGCAAACGGCCGGCGGGGCGGGCAGCCGCAGCGUGGCGCCUCCCGGAGACGCGGAGGAGGGCCUCUCCGAGGCGGGGGGAAGCACCUCCUCCCCCGCGUCCUCCUUCUCCUCCUCGCAGGGCACCGGAGCGGAGCAGCAGGAGGCCGUGGCACUGCUCCUGGAUGAAGCGCAACAGCAGCUGAGGGUGCUAGCGCAUGCCCACAGGAAGCAGGAAGACACAGGCUCCACCCACACUGUCGCCAGGGAGACUGCCUGCUUCCUGUCGCUCGCCGGGGGCGAAGUCGGGGGGUUGGCCCUGAGCGGGCCGCCUGAGACCCGAUUGGUGAAGCCCAGCAGAGAACCACACAGAGACUCCGCCCAGCCCUGCGAGUGAGUGGAGGCGUGGCCCUUCUUUGUCUUGGGACCAAUCACAAUUCAGCCCCCGUGUUUUCCUGAAACCAAGACUGCAGUGUUUUUGCAGGGAGGGGUAAACGUGUGAAAAAA